GUAAUAGCAGAGCUUCAACUCACUGUGCUACUACCCCUUUCCCCUCAACUGCAGCAUUUAGAAACUUGACCUUCUGUAGCAGAUAUGUCAGAUCAGACAAGUUGGUAYGCACUCUUGAACAUGAGAAAUUACACCUGCAGUAAAUUCCAAUCUGUUAGACAGCUCUUUAUGGUGUAAGAAGGGAUGUUUUCCUGCCUGGGUCCCGAUCAAUGGUUGCUUAACCAUUUGUUUUUGCUGGAGGAAUGGUACAAGCUACUCUUCAAUGCUUCAGUCAGAACUAGGAGAGUAACUAGAAGUGAACUGCAAGACAAGUUACAGCCCCCAACAUCUCCAAAGCCAGAAAUGGAAAAUAAAGAGAAUGCCGAUAAGUUGUCAUGGGACCAAUCAACCGUAAGCUCAGAAGCAAAUGUUACUUUAGACUCUUCCACAAUCCCACUUAAAAGUUAUGUAUCAGGGACAAACUGCAAUCUUGAAGGUCAAGCUCCAAAGAAUAAAGCUAUUGCUAUAAAAUCUCAGCAUGUAUCACUUAGCAAGGCCUUAAUGGAAUUAAAAAGAAUUAAAGAGAGGCAUUUGAUAGGAGAAAACCAAAAUGCAAGUAUCAGCGUACCAAAGAAACCACCUCUUGGCAGAUAUCGUGGCAAAGUUAUCCAAUCCAAGAUCAAUUCUUUCCGAAAAGCAGUAAAAAGUGAGGGGGAGGAGAGUUCUUUUCCAGACAAGAAGCUAGCUCCUUCUGCCAUCAAACAAGCAGCAAAUUCUUUGUCCAUGAAAGGCAAUAGUGUAGUGCUGAAGGCCAUCAAAAUCUCAAACAGCCCCAAGUCUGUAAAAUCAAAUGGUGUCCUGCCAUUUCACAGCAAACCAUCUGACAAAGCUGCUACUAACUCACAAUCUGGUCCGAAGAAACAGCUGACAUUUGCUGUGGCAACAAAGAAAGUAACAGUCCCAAAAGUGGUUGAUGGAAAGGGACCACUGCCAUUGAAGGCUGCUUCUCGCAAUCCUGAUCUCAGAGUGCGGGGCGUGAAGAAACAUGCAGGUUUUUGUGAAGAUGCAGGAUCAGAAGCUCCAGCAAAAUCAACUUCUGUUGUUCCUGGUACAAAAUCAGGACAGAAUUCUAAAACUGAUGUCAACAGAAAAUCUAUUCUGCCCAAAGAGUCAGCAGAAGUGAGAAGAGCUCGCCUGGAUGAAUGGAGGGCUUCCAGAGGAAAAGUGAUGAGACGACCUCCUACAUAUGUAUUUCUGGAACCCCAGUGUAAAAGUGAAGAAAAAGAAUUCUCUGCUGCUGAAACAGAAAAGGUCAACAAGACUCUGAGUGAAUGCCUGCAGUUAACAGAACAGGGACAUCAAGGUGAUGAAGUACGUGCCAUGUUGGAAGACCUGAYGCAGAGCAUUCCUGGUGUUAAAAAGUUUGCAAAGUAUUGGAUCUGCUGUAUGCGCCUUGAGCAGAUUGGCCCUCUUGAAAAGCUUAUUGCUGUCUAUGAGGAGGCUAUUUUGGCAGGAGCAACGCCUAAAGAGGAACUGCGACACAUAUUAAUAGACAUAAUAAAAAAUACUGAAAAUCUUUUUAACUCUGAGAAUGGGGGAGCUGUGAUAGAAGCUCAUUUAAGUGAGGUAGUGGAAGUCGGCGAGGAACCAAAUUCAUCUGUAGAGCCGGUUCAUGAAAUCUUGGAGGAUUUCUGCCCUGAUGAUGACCAAAAAGCAGAGAGUGAUAACAAGGAGGCAGAGACAAGCAGUGAGGUUAUCAAAAAAGAAGAACUUGAUUUAGACUUAAAAUCAAGAGGAGGGAGCUUGCCAAAAAAGAAUAAAAAGCACAAGGCUAAAGAACGGGCAAAAAAGAAAGGAAAAUGCGAAAGAGAGCAAAAUGAGGAUGGGAUAAAGAAUAUAGCCCAAGCAGUUAAUUCUCCUGAGAAAGAGAAUGACACAUCUUAUUCAAUUAUAUACAAUCCUCCUACCACACCUUACUUAGAAAGUGGGAAGAUGCAUCCUGAGGCAAAUGUCUGCAGUGCUAAAGCUCUGCAAAUUGCAACUCCUCUGCGAUAUUCUCAACGCAUUCGGGAGAAGAUGUGGAAGCUGUCUGAUGUUAAAGAUCAAGAUCCAUGUGUCUCUUCACUUGAGCAGCUGGGAGACUUGGAAUCAAAAGCGACUGUGUUUAUCAACAAACAGAGCAAUGCUCUCCAAGAAAAAAGCGCUGAAAUAGAAGAAUAGAAGUACUACUGCUGCUACAGGGGGUUAAAGAUUUGAUACAGGGAGUUURGGGGUACUUGUUUUUAAUAGCUUUGAGAAAGGCACUGUCUAAAACUUGUGUGCAUGGCUUGAGCUGAAAUUUGACUGCCRGAGUCACUAAGUAAAAAGUUUUUAAGUUGCUGCCUUUUGAAAAUUGUAACAAAUCAGUCCUGAUUUAGUACUAGGCUUGUUGCCUUCAACUAUCUUUCAUUAUAUUUUUAUUUAGGUACUAGGUGUAAUGCUUUAUAUUAGUAGUUCAUUUAGAAUAUUGCUAAUGUUGUUGCAAUUCCUAAGAAUUCGUUAGAAACUCACCAUCUCAUAGUUUAAGAAAACAAAAUAGGUGUUCUAAUAGGGCAAUGUCUGCUCUGACAAGGUUUAGCUUUGAAAACUGAAGACCCCUGGUAAGGUGUGUGCUGAAUUUCAACUGUUGCAUCUGAUUUUAGGGCUGCUUUAACAAAACCGAAUUAUUAUUCUCUUUAGUUACUGAGAUUUUGUUUAUUAUCAAGUAAUCCUAGAUGAGGUAUGAUACACUACAUACUAUGUGACAGUGUUUAUCUGGCUUUGUAUUAGUCUGGUACUCUGGUUCACUUAUUAAACAUAUCAAGUUAGUUGUGUUUGUUA